CCACGACCUCAAACAGUCACUGAGGUCAGAUCUUUCUUAGGAAUGUGCGGCUAUUAUAGGAACUUCGUAAAGAACUAUUCUACAGUCGCCUCUCCUUUGACAAAUCUAACUCGACUUGACACGCCGUGGGAUUGGAGUGAUGAGUGCGAGGGUGCUUUCAAGCGAUUGAAGCAUGCACUCAUGAAUCAUGAAGUUCUCAUGGUUCCCGAUCCUCAGAAGCCAUUCAUAGUGACCACUGACGCAAGCCAAUACGGCAUUGGCGCAGUGCUGGUUCAACAGGAUGGGAAGAAGUUGAGACCGAUUGAGUACAUGAGCAAGAAGAUGCCAUCGAAGAAACUGACAAAGUCCACCUAUGAAAGGGAACUCUAUGCUCUAUAUAAAGCACUUGUCCAUUGGAGACACUUCCUUUUGGGAAGGUUCUUCUACUUGAGGACUGAUCAUCAAACCCUCAAAUGGACCAAGACUCAACCGGCUCUUUCCGACGCAUUCAAGCGAUGGAUUGAGGUCAUAGAUCAAUAUGACUUCAAGCUUGAGUAUCUGAAGGGAGAGUACAACAAGCUUGCAAAUGCGCUAUCACGUAGGGCAGACUACCUAGGUGCGCUAGUUUAUGACUUUCACGUAUCUGAUGAGGUAACUCAAUCGUUGGUGGGAGCCUCUCAGGAAGACCCUGUCACGAUGGACAUCAUCCACAAACUUCAGGCAAAAGACAAGGCCACAGAGAGUGAGUUUGUAAUGGUGGACGGGCUUCUCUAUCUUGAUAAGGCCGGAAUAAAAAGGUUAGUAAUUCCAUCUAGUGAACGUUUGCGUAGUUUGUUUUUAGGAGAAUGCCAUGACGCAACCAGACACUUUGGCAACAAGAAGACGAGUGCUAAUCUAGUACAACGAUUUUGGUGGCCUGGAAUGUUAGAUGACGCCAAAAAGUAUGUAGAGACCUAUCAGGUUUGUCAGCGGGACAAGCCGCGAACUCAAGCACCGCUUGGGUUGUUAAAGCCUUUACCUAUUCCCGCUGGUCCAAAACAAAGUGUCUCCAUGGAUUUCAUGGACACCCUAGUGACCAGCAAGAGUGGCAAGAGGCACAUCUUCGUCAUCAUCGAUCGAUUCACCAAGUACGCUAGACUAGUUGCAAUGCCAGAGACCGCAAGGACUGACCAUGUCAUCAAGUUGUUCAAGGACAAUUGGGUGCGUGACUUUGGUUUACCAAAGACCAUCGUUAGUGACAAAGAUGUCCGCUUCACAAGUGAGCUAUGGAAGAAGACUGCUGAACAGAUGGGCAGUCAACUUCAGAUGACUUCAGGGAAUCAUCCCGAAGCCAACGGACAAGCCGAACAAAUGAACAGAGUUGUACAACACUUGCUGAGGCAUUACAUCAAGCCCAGCCAGGAUGACUGGGAUGAGCAAUUGCCUCUCAUCGCCAGCCUGUACAACAAUGUUGUACACAGCAGUACCGACCUUAGUCCUAAUCAGCUGCACUUGGGAUGGAAGCCUAGGUCAGCCCUAGACUUCCUCCUACCCGAAAACCGACCUGCUGCAACUCCAGGCACACUCGAGUAUGGUGUGCAGUAUGAGCAGUUGCUGCAAGAAGCUGUCGAGCAUAUGAAGAAAGCUCAGCAAGCGACGAUUGCUUCUGAGAAUCAACAUCGUAGACAGUCCUCAUUUCAGGUAGGGGGACGUAUCUGGGUCAAGGCUAGUGAGCUAGGACAGGAAUUCGGAAUCUCUCGUAAACUAAUGCCUCAGUAUUUUGGUCCUUGGGAAGUCCUGGAUAUAGUGGGGGAUGAGAUGGAUGGUCCCACAUAUGUCAUCCGUGUCCCUGGACACCUACGCACUUACCCUGUCUUUCAUGCCUCAAAGCUUGCACCUUUCGCUGAGACGGAUCAGUUCCCUUCAAGGAGAUCGAUGCUGCCCCCAACCAUGGAUAGUCAAGUAGACAUCGACGACAUUGUGGAUCACAGGGACAUGCCUGUUCCAAAGCCGUUGGGCCGAGGAAGACCUCCCAAGCCCAAGAGAGAGUACUGCGUCCGAUUCAGGCAUCAUACGGAUCCAAAAGAAGAUCGUUGGUUUACCAAAGAGGAACUGAUUGAGACAGCUCCUCAAGUGGUGGCAGAAUACGAGAGAAAGCUGAAAGGGAAGGCACCUGCGAAGUAAGCAUCUCAGCGGACUUUCGAAGCUAAGGGGGAUGGAAUGUGAGGAUUGAGCCCUCAAGAAGGGGCCUUGACAUGAUGUACAUGUUCUGGGCUAAGGCCCCAGCAAGCCUCGUGCCCGCCCUAAGUGAAGGCGGGCCAACAAAUCAACAAGAGCCCU